AUAUCAGCUGGUCUCUUAAGAAAGGUUAUCUUCUUAAUAUCAGCUGGUCUCUUAAGAAAGGUUAUCUUCUUAAUAUCAGCUGGUCUCUUAAGAAAGGUUAUCUUCUUAAUAUCAGCUGGUCUCUUAAGAAAGGUUAUCUUCUUAAUAUCAGCUGGUCUCUUAAGAAAGGUUAUCUUCUUAAUAUCAGCUGGUCUCUUAAGAAAGGUUAUCUUCUAAAUAUCAGCUGGUCUCUUAAGAAAGGUUAUCUUCUUAAUAUCAGCUGGUCUCUUAAGAAAGGUUAUCUUCUAA